AAUCCGCUGAAUAGUGGAGUAGGUGGGCGUUCCCCUGCGCAACACAGCGCUGCUGGAACUAAGCGGAAUCUCUUCACUUCUCACAGAUACUUUCAGCUUGUGCUCUGCUCGACGCUUUAGUGAAAUGCUGCAGCUGAAUGACAGUGUAGAUCCAGAGAGCCCGGGUGCGGCUGUCUUACACCCGGGGGACUGUGAUGAUGGGCUGGAGGUGGUGGCCCGUGCUGGAGCUUCAGUGGCCUGCUGCACCCCGCUUCAGACCCUCACGCCUUUCCAUGUUCACAACCCAACCAUGCGAGCUAAAGUCAAAGACUACUUCGUCUUUAGGCCAGGAACCAUAGAGCAGGCAGUCAAUGAUAUCCGCACGGUUGCCUUGCCUUCAGAAGACGGAGAGGUUCUUAGUGUGUGGCUGCUCGCAGAAAUUGAUUACUGGAACAAUGAAAAAGAAAGAUUGGUUCUUAUAACAGAGAGGUCUUUGUUGGUGUGCAAAUAUGACUUCAUAAACCUCCAGUGUCACCAGGUCAUCAGAAUUUCCUUGAACGCUGUGGACACGAUCUCUGUCGGCGAGUUUGAGUUUCCUCCAAAAUCCCUCAACAAGAGAGAGGGAACGGGAAUCCGUGUCCAGUGGGAUAAGCGACCAAGACCUUCGUUCAUAAAUCGCUGGAACCCCUGGUCCACUGACAUACCCUUCGCCACCUUCACUAAACACCCCAUGGCACACGCAGAUGAAAAGGUGGCUUCCCUUUGCCAGCUUGAGAAUUUCAAGACCCAGCUCAUCCAGGCUGUGAAAAAAGCCCAUAAAGAAUUCCCCAUCCCGGGACGAGCCAAUGGCGUGCUGAUACUGGAGCGGCCACUCCUUAUCGAGACUUACCUGGGCAUCAUGUCCUUCAUCAACAAUGAAGCCAAACUGGGCUACGCCAUGACAAGGGGAAAAAUCGGCUUUUAACUACUGAAAUCUCUCUCCAUCUCUGUCAUCUUCCAGUCAAGUGCUGUUUUUGAGUGAUACUGCUUCACUUGAGUAUGUGAGUUGAGUACAUACUUGUUUUAUUGUUUGGAUGUAUAUAGCGUGUGAAAUGUGCCAGGCAGCAAGACAUGGUCACUGCGACAG